AUGGCGCUAACUAAGGAAGCUGAAGGGAUAGCCUACGACUGGUCUCAACUGCUUGCUGACGAAGAGGACUUCUAUUACAACAGCCAAGCUGAAGCCAACGCCACAAUCUUGAAAUGCCUUGCGCAGAGUGGACCUCUUUCACCAACAUUAGUCCUGGCUGGCCUUCUCAAGAAAUGUGCUACCCGCGUAGCGAAGAACGAUGUCAUGGUGCUAUGCACGCUCGGUACUGCUGUACGACUCAAUGUCGCUGAGCAGGUCGUAGCAGGUCGGGAAGGGGAGGUUCGAGCUUGCAUUCUCAGAGCGCAAGCUCAACGUGUCAGUAUCAAUCAAAACGCUAAUGCUUUGCUUGGCGAGCGAUGGGGAGGAUGGAACGUAUGUGAGAAGAACCAAAAGUGCUCGGUUCGACUGGCUACCGAGUUGGCUAAGCUAUGUCGACUUGGUGACAGCAAAGAGGAUGCAAAGGCUAUGUUGCUCAUGCAGAUUACCAAGCGAAGGACCACCAAGGCCUCUGGUGUCUCCAAAGUCGCCACCCUCAUGACAGUGGAUGUCCAGAACGCCAUCACCGCUAGCAAAAGCAGAAUCCACAACAAGCGCGAGGCACAGGUUACGAAGGCCAUGCCAGGUGAUCUACGAAAAGACUCACCGCAGCCUGAAUCCCCUAUCGUCUUCAAACCUGUGCAAUUUGGCGAAGCAGAGGACCUCAGUGACAAUCACAGCGUACACUCACUGCCGUCCAACUUUGGAUCCACCUCUUCUUCGCGUAGCUUCUCCACGCCUACGCGCCGUCGUCAUAGCACCGCUCCCUCAUCUCCUCCCGUAGACUCACAAUCCAUGACAGCCGACAUCGAACCUAUUAGCAAGCGCAGGAAGCUCGCCAAUGGGCUUUCUCAAGCUCAGAGCCCUCAAAGACCUAAUCCCACUUCAUCGACAUCGAUCAAGAGUGAAGACCAGGAUGCGAGUGAGUUGGGCGAAGCUAAUGUGGAGCUCACCACCUCAAAAGAAGAGGGAAACGCACCCACACGGUCAGCUUUCGAUGCAAAGGACACUUUCACGACAUUGCCAGCAGCCCUCAAGGAGAGGGUAUCCAAGGGACCCACUCCUCGCGUUGUUCUACCUCCCUAUCCCGCCAAGUUGAAUUCCUUCACCGGACUCAGGCGUAGAAAACUCAAGCUUCAAAAAACAACCGAAGCUGAACUCAACCUUGACCGUGCUAUGAGCCCAGAAGUGAUGCGCCAUGAUGGGGAACCGGCUAUGGCAGACUGCGACUCCCCUAUCAUACUACCUUCCAGCCCAUCGGCAAUGUCGCCUGAGCUCAAGGCAGGGCACCUAGAUGAUCUACUCUCACCUGGGGGAUCAAAUGCCAAAAUGAGCGAUGCUAUUGAUGGAUAUGGGGGCAAUAAUGGAGAUGCUAGCGAACCUCGCAAAGCCAUUAACAAGGACGAGCGAAACAAAGACGUCGAUGAUAGCAGGAAUGCUCUACCUGGCGGUAUGAACAGUUGCAUUGACAAUGGUAAUAACCCUGGCACCAGUGACAUUAAUGCGAGCGACGGCAUUCAACAUAGCAUCGAUAACGGUAGCGACAACGGAGAUGCCAGGGACACUAUCCACAGCAGGAGGGACAGCGGCAUUAAGAGCGAUGAUGGCAGUCACAGUCUCAUGGGCAGCGGAGUCAAUAAGGGGAGUUUUAACGGCAUCGAUAACGUCAUUGAUAGUUCCAUCCACAACCCCAAACAAGCUCCAGCAGACGAACCAAUUCAAGCAAACGAAUCGGCUCAAGCAGGUGCGCCAGCUCAAGUAGAUGACCCAGGUUGCCAAGCUUCAACUACAAAAGAUAAGGAAAGCGCCCCUUGUUCAGGACGCCAAAUACCAAGCAACGAUCUCCAAGGUGCGAGGCGUAGCUUCAGGCCUGGAACAUGGCUGUCUACUACCGCUAUUCAGUCCGUGCUUGAUCGAUGCCAGUUCAAUGGCAUUCGAGUUUUUGAUCCUGCCUUCUUGUCCGCUAACACCGUAGCCCGUUUGCGUCGAGGAGUUGGCGAGGAUUCUUGGUGGAUUUUGCCAUUGCUGCUCCAGAAGAGGCAUUGGACGUUGAUCACAAUCGAUAUCCUUGCCAGUACUUCGUAUUUCUGGAAUUCAUUACCGAAUCCAGCCUACGAAUCGAAGGCUCGACAAGCAAUCGACAAACUCCUAGCAAGUCUGAAUUCUCAAAUGUCCGAAGCUUCGUCUGAAGCUACCAGCAUCGAGUGGAAAUUCAAUACAGUAGAUUGUUCGGCUCAAAACAAUUUACACGACUGUGGCAUUUACAUCAUUGUGAAUGCCUUCCACACCAUGCUUAAAACUCCUAUGCCGCCAUGCAUCGACCCCGACCUCUGGCGCGGAGUUCUGGAUUCCCUACUUGACGACGACAGCACGAAUAGUCACCGACUUGAGAAGCUUGCCGAGAUCGAUUUGAAGAUACCCCCCGUCACGCGCAAGGCAGGUCAGGCACCUGAAGUAGUGACUGCGAAGGAAAUCGUUCAAGAAGACAUAAUUAACUCUCUAGCUUUCAAAGAUUCUUUGUGUGCAGCUAUCUCGCUGAUGCGUGAGCGCUUACGCAAUACGCAAGACCGCCUAACCCUUUCAGAUGAAGUCUUGCAUGUCCUAAGGGAACUGCUCAAACGAAUGACGGAUGUAUACGAAACCUCCUUGAUAGAAACCAAAGCCCUCGAGAAGACCGUGCGUGCCCAUCACAACACGCUCACUACUUAUAACGAAUGUGACAUAGGAUAUCAGAGCGCGGAGCUUCGCGAUAUGAUCCAGUCAAAGCUGGAAGAGUAUCAACACAAGCUUAACACCUGUCAGGCCAAGUUACCCGAGCUCGAGAAGGCGAAAAGAGGGUGGGAGAGAGCUGUCAAAACAUGUGAGGAGGAGGGCAAGGAUCGAUCUGACCGAGUGGGGCGCGAGAAGUUACUUUUGCGUGACCUUGCGGAGAGACUAGACACCUGGAAGGAAAAGCAGCUGUUGCUCGUGAAGAGUAUCGAGUCGUUGCAAGAAGAGCUUAGAGAUAGUGUGUAA